AUGAAAAUUUUGAACCUACAUAUAUCUGAAUAUAAAAAUAAAAUGACAGUGGAAUACAACUCAUUUGAAAAAAAAAACAUGUCAGAAAAUAAAAAUCGCGGAGAUAUUUCGGAUUGUCAACAAAAUUUGCUCGAUUCAAAUCAAUUUUUAUUUGAAGAUUCUUUUUUAAGAACUGUACUAGUCAGUUUUUUUGAAGCAUAUAACCCCCUUCAUAUCUAUUUUCUCGUUUUCUUCACCGUAUUGGACUUUUUCUGUAAUAUUAGCUUUAUAGUAGUAUUGUCCCAAAAAGAGCUGCGAACAUCUGGAAUAAAUUUGACAAUGAUUAUGAUUGCCCUGUGCAACUUUUCUAGUGUGACUUUGAAUUUAUUCGACAAAAUGUUGAAAUUGCUCUCGGAAGAGACUUAUUUAAGAGCUUUGUACAAUUAUUUAGAAAAUUUUUUGAAUUUGUAUGUGCCUGUAAUGGCAGAUUAUCUUGUUGUGCAGAUGACAUUUUGCAGAGUUAUGGCGUUGUAUUCAAAUAGCGACAAAUGGAAAGGCAGAAAAGUUGCUGUUACAAUCUCGGCUGUUCUAUGGAUUUUCAUCGGAAUGCUGUCCAGCGCUGUGCUUGAAAUUACAGAAAUUGAAAAAACAUUAACUGGGAAGUAUGCUGUGACAAUACCUGAUGAAUACAUUGAAAAUGGAUGCAUCGUAUUUCGGAUGUCUUUGCUGUUUUAUGGGAUUCUAUUUGACAUUGUUCCACUACUUCUGCUUUUCAUAUUUUUCUUGUUAAUUCUGUGCAAACUGAACUCUUUCAAAGCUCAUAGAAAGAAAACAAUGGGCAAAUCAAGCUCAUCAGGAAUCGAAAACUCCUCGCGGCUUUUGCAAGUAGUUUUGAUAAUGUUUUUUCUAGUCAAAAUCCCGAGUGCAGCGGUAACUAUUUUCAGUGCAGUAUAUAUGAUUGACUAUUAUAUGUUUGUGAAAAAGUGGACUUUUCAAUUUAUCGAAAUUUUACUUACUUUCAACGCAUCAACGUCUUUUAUCAUCUAUUGUAUAAUGUCUUCGCAGUUCCGUGAAAUUUUUGUUCGGUUAUUUGUCCCUGAGAGUGUCAAACAGAGAAUGCAAUCAAAAAUUAUGAAGAAUUCCCUGGUGGUAACUACUCGAAAAAUGGCAUGGCAGUGA